CUGCGGACGGAAGAAGUCUUGCAGCUAUGGCCGGGGGCCGCAAAGUGGACCUAGCCGAGGCGCUGGCCCUGGGGCCCGGGUGGCGACACGCGUGCCACGCGCUGCUCUACGCGCCCGACCCGGGCAUGCUGUUCGGCCGCAUCCCGCUGCGCUACGCCGUGCUGAUGCAGAUGCGCUUCGAUGGACGCCUGGGCUUCCCCGGAGGCUUCGUGGACGCGCAGGACCCCAGCCUGGAGGACGGGCUGAACCGUGAACUGCGCGAGGAGCUGGGCGAGGCGGUGUCCGCCUUCCGCGUGGAGCGCGCCGACUACAGGAGCUCCCACGCCGGGCACAGGCCGCGCGUCGUGGCCCACUUCUAUGCCAAGCGUCUCACGCUCGAGCAGCUGCAGGCGGUGGAAGUCGGGGCUGUGCGAGCCAAGGACCACGGGCUGGAGGUGCUGGGCCUGGUUCGAGUGCCGCUGUACACUCUGCGGGAUGGUGUGGGAGGCCUGCCUGCCUUCCUGGAGAAUUCUUUCAUUGGCGCUGCCCGUGAGCAGCUACUGGAAGCCCUCCAGGACUUGGAACUUCUGGAGCCUGGCUCUGUCUCGGGCCUCAAGACCUCCGCUUGUCAUUAGAGGCAGCCUUCUGUGGACCCAUGCAACCUGAGAUUGGGGGGGGGGGGGGCUUGAUGAAAAGGGAGGAGGCGGAGAAGGGCCUGUUUUCUCCUCUGGGCCCAAGAGGUGAUAGGUGAUACCAGAUUAAAUCGAGGGCGUGCGCGUGUGUGGGUACGUGCGCGUUCCGUGUUUUGAGCACAGAGCCUUGACCCAUGAUAUGGGGGAGAGGGGGGCAAAAAUCCACAGCUCCUUACAGGGUCCUGGCAGAUUUCCAGAGUCUGUCCCCUCCCUGUACAUGUGCACAUCGAGCCUGGCACAUGACAACCUCUGGCUACAUAUAGCCUGACACACUUGUUCCCCCCCACUCCGGCCCCUGCGUCAUGUCCAGUUUAAUCAGAGUUUGGUACUGGUGGGACCUAGCUGCGUCCUCCCUCUUUCCUGGAAAGCAGAGGAGCGUCCCUUUCCUACAAGGCUGCUCUGGAGUCUCCCCCUUCCCUCCCAAGGCCACGCCUGCUGAGGAGACAGAGGCAGAGGAUUUCCGUUCCCUGAGUGUGUGCCCACCUUACUUGAGGCUUCCCUAAUGCGGUGGGUAGUGAAAUGGGGGUGAGGCCUUAAGCAGCCCCUGCCUACCCUUUUUAUCCUCUGCAGCUGAGCGUAAAGGGUCUCAGGAUAGUGAGAGCUUCUUGGGCUGACAGUGGCCUUGAGCCCUCGGAGUCCUGCUGACUCUCAUCCAGGGCUUUGGCCUGUGGGCCGCCCUAGUGUCUGGGGAAAUCAGAAGGGAACUGACCCAGUCCUGUCUAGCCUGCCUUGCCAGAGAGUCUCAGUAACGAAAGGCUGAUAAGUGGCCCUUCGGUUCUCUUAACAGACACAGUGUCUUACAGGACUGUACAAUAAAUUUUUUAAGACUUGUCAGCCACAUGAUUUUAGUGGAAAUCCUUUAAAUCUGUCAUUUCAGAAUUCCCUGCACAGUACAUAAAUUUAUGUUGCUGUGUCCCACUAAAACAUCAAAAAAAUAAAUAAAUAAAUAAAUAAAAUAAAAAUACAGGUGUUCAGCCUCUGGGACAUAAUUUCCCAGUGACUGCUCUAGUGGGGAACAUAGGCUAAUACUACUGUCAUGUAUGUGUCCUUAAGUGUUCACAAGUGAAUAAACAAUGGAUGUAGAUCUA